AAUAUAUUAUUAUGGUCUAUUUGUUUCGUGUAAUAGUAUAUAAGUAGAACAACGACCAUAGUGCUUUAUUCUGUUUAGAACUUUAACAAUGGGUAAAUUGAUCUUCGCCACCUUUUUCAUCUUGGCAACUUUGGCUAUCGCUGAAGUAGAACCGAGGCAUGUUAAAACAAUAGACCUACACAAUAACACUACACCUACACCAGAAGGAGUGGGGAUCAUUAACACAAGACCAAAUGAUAGAAACAACAAAAAUAAAAGAGAUACACAUGCAAGACCUACACCUUCAGAACCAUCAACAUCCACACAAACACACUCAACACCACUAACUCCUACAGAACCAUCUGCACCUCAGUUGCCUUGGAAAGGGCCUGAAAGCUCAAAACCCAGAUUAGAGUCAACUAAUGUAACGGCUACACCACCAUUUUUUGGCUGGUUUUAAAUUUUUGUUAUAUAGCUAGAUUCUUGUAUGACUUUCUUUAAAAAUCAAUAUUGUUGUUUAACGUUAUUAAAUAUUUAGAGUUUA